CGAGCUGACCCAUUCGAAUUUUGUGUGUGUGAGUUCAUCGGUAUUGUUUAGAGUUAGUGUGCUUGUUUAUAUUUCAUUCCAUUUAUCAUUGUUUUCUUGUGGAUUUUUUUUUCACUACAAUCAAGAUGGAUAAUUUUGUUCCAAGCGAUUUACUUUCCUUUGAUUAUGCUGUCGAUGAUGAACUUAUAGAUAAUGAAGACGAAGAAGUGGAUUCCCAGGAUAAGGGCAACAAUAAUAAAGGUAAUGAAAAUGGCGUAACAACAAAUGUAAAGAAAAUGGACGAAAAACAAAAAAAAGGAAAACCUUUAACUAGAAGUGGAAAAACACGAUUAUCGAAUAUUGAAUUAUCGGAAAGUUCGAAUUCUAACAAUGUUAAUAAACGUAACAGUAGAGGUGGUAGAAAAUCGAAUAAAUCAUCUAAUUUGGAAAUGGCCAUGGAUUCUAUUUCUCCAACGAAAAAAGACAAGAGCUCCUCAACAACAAUGAAUUCAAAUGAAAAUAAUGGCGGUAAUGUCAAAAAAUCUUCACCUAAAAAUGGUUUAAAGAAUUCUACUAAAAGUACUGAAGUUGUCUUAAAAAAAGAAUCGACUAAUGAAGUGAAGAAAAAAGAAUCGACGGCUUCGAAAUCGGUAAAAAUCUUUGUGAGUGGUAUCAAAGAAGAAACGAAAAGUCAGGAUCUCGUGGAAUUUUUUCAAAAAUCUCCAUCAUUUAACAUUUUGGAUAUCAAGAUCAUACGAUACGCUAAGAUUCCGGACGAAUAUUUUGGCUUAGUUACCAUUGAGAAUGAACUGGAAGCCAGUAAAUGCAUAGAAAAUCUUAAUCAAUCCAAUCAUAAUGGAAUGCUUAUCACCUUGUCUAAAAUAUCACCAAUGAAAAUGUUAUCAAUGAAAUUGCCUAAAGAUGAUGUCAGCAAUAAAGACAAAAAGUCAGUAGCCACUGAAGAAUCAUCAAAGCCCAAAGAAUCGCCCAAAAAAACGAAAUUGGUAGAGAAUAAAAAAGCAGAAGAUAAAAAUUCUGUAUCAAAACAAACAGCCAAGACAGACGAUAAGAAAACGAACACCAAGGUAUCCAAGGAAAGUGAAAAAAAGAAAAGCUCGACUUCAAACAGUAAAAAUGAGAAUAAUAAACCAUCGGUAAAAUCAAAAGGAGAUGUGAAAAAAAUAUCGACCAAAGAAACUGCUAAAGAAUCAUCAUCAUCAUCAAAAAGUAUUAAAAAGAAUGAUUCUAGUUCAAAAAGUAAAGAUGAUAAAAACCGAAAGACUACGGAUGAUAAGAAAACAUCUUCAGAUCGUCACCGUCGAAGUCGAUCCAGGUCUAGAUCUCCCCGAAAUCGACACCCGAUUAGGCGACCAAUUCCUUUGAGUCGUGAAUUCAUUCGUAAGCAACAACGAAUCGCUCGAGCAAAUGAGAUGCGUGAACGUCAAGAACUUGAACGCAUACGACAGGAAAGGAUUCGAUUCCAAAAAGAAACGGAACGUUUGCAGAUAGAGCGACUUCGUUUGGAACGAGAAAAAAUUGAAUUGAUUCGAUUGGAGCGAGAGAAAAUCCGUAAAGAAUGUGAUGAAUUGGCUCGACGAAAGCAACAUGUGGCUGCUGUGGAACCACCAUUUGAACAUGAAUCAAUGCGAACUAAACGAUAUAUGUCAUCAUCAUCAGCAUCUCCUCCGCCACCUAUAACCAAUAUAAGAUCAUCUAAAUCAAAACGUUUCAAUCGUAGUCGAGAUCGUGAUAGUAGCGUAUCUCGAUCUCAAUCACCUGAAUUCUUUAGACAACGGAGAUAUAAUGCUGCUAAUGCAACCAUUAAACGACAAUCUCGAUCAUUUAAUGCGCCACCACCAACUACACGUGAUCAAUCAUCCAGAUUUGAAUCGUCAUCACGCCAUCGUGAAUCAUCACCAUCAAGAGAUUUUGGUAAACUUAUCAGAUAUGAUGACGAUUCGAAUGAUUCAUAUGAAAAUAAUCAUAAUAACCAUCGUCGCCAUUCUUCGAGCCAUGGGAACAAUCAUCAUCAUGAUCGUGAUCGAGAUGAUCGUAAAGAAUUGUCACGAAAUAACCGUAUGGAUUCUCCUAUGCGACGAGUAGGCGAUAUUGAACACCAUCGUUAUAGUAGUAGUGGAGAUAAAGGUGAUAUGCUUAUUGGUAUGCCUGCUCACUCUCAAUCACAACGGAACCCGUUUGGUGUUCCUUUGGACGAUCAAUCUAGGGGAGGCGGAGGAUGGCCAAACAUGGCUUCGAAUCAAUGGCCAACAUCAACACUUAAUGAUCGUUGGAAUAAUGCACCACCAAGUUCUGCUUUUGCUGAUGGUCAAGGCCCACCACAACCACCACAACAACAUCCGCCUCAACAUUCAGUAGGACCAGCUAACUCAUUGAGCCCAUCGAUGGUGCCACCUGGACCAGUUCCAUCUAUGAAUGAUCUAUAUUCGAAUAAUUAUUCUGUCAUGCCCAUACCAGGUAUAUCGACAUCAUAUCCGAUGCAUAAUCGGCGUUAUUGAGCGGUUUUGGAUUUGUGCUCGAAUUUUUUUCAUUUCUUAUUUCCAAUCUAAUUUUCAAUGACAAUUUUUUCCUCAUGGGAUGUGAAUACACUCUUCACAGAACCAUAUGACGGAAAUAUAUUCAGCUAGUUUAAUUGGCUCUAUCUUUUUCCUCUUGUCCUUUUUUCUAUGUAUAUGAUUUUUAUUUUGAUCAGGUUCAACAUUAACAAGAAAAAAAUUCAGCAUAAAUUUUUUGUUCGAGCAUGUCAAAGUGUAUUCACAUUGUUCAACCUAGCUGCCCAAUGUCUAUGUGGUGUCCACUCUAUUAUUGGCUAUUUUAAAAAAAUAAAGACAAAUUGCUUUUUCAAUCAA